AUGACAUGCAGCUCUUCUCCCGAAUGUACAUUGGUUGAAUUCUUUCGACAUGAAAAUCAAGCAUGCCCACCGUCCCUCUCUAAUAAUGGAGGAAUUCGAAUCAGCACAAAUAGUGAUCUUGUAAUCUGCUUGGAAGAUAUUUCCAAUGCUGCACCAACGGCUCCCUCGUCAACCUGCAUUAUUCUAGAUGGAACCGUCAUCGUACAACUGCUUAGUCCAGCUACAGCCAAAACAUUUGACGACUAUGCCAAACACAUUUUCAUCCCGUAUAUCUGCACAAAGUUUGAAACUGUGUCACGCCUGGACCUCGUUUGGGAUAGAUACAUUACCGAUUCAUUGAAAGGCAGUGCGAGGACAAAACGUGGGAAAGGGAUACGAAGAUGUGUGGUGGCUGCCGCAGCAAUACCGGGAAACUGGCAGAACUUCCUGAGAGUGGACACCCGACAUGGCCACCACAAGAUACUCAUCCGUACUGUUGAUACUGACGGCGUGGUGCUAGCCGUCCAAAAGCUGCAGUCGGAUGAUGAAUUGUGGCUAGCAUUCGGAACAGGGAAGAACUUUCGGCAUCUUGCAGCUCACAUAUUUGCAGCUGGUAUUGGUGAAGAGAAAGCAAGAGCUCUGCCAAUGUUCCACGCUCUAACUGGCUACGACACGGUGUCGUGUUUCGCUGGUCAUGGCAAAAAGACUGCUUGGAGUUCAUCACACCAGAGUCAGAGUCAGCUGCAAGGCACGGCACGGCAGAGCCAGCUGCAAGGCACCGUACACCAGAGCCAGCUGCAAGGCACCGUACACCAGAGCCAGCUGCAAGGCACGGCACACCAGAGACAUGGUGCUUUAUAUGGCAGCCAGGGAACACCAGCAUGCAAGCCAGACAAGAACGAACUUAGUUCUCUAACUAUGCGAUGGGACGCUUUCAGGAUGGACAGUCUUGCAAAAGGUAUUUCUAAAGUGAAUACUAACACAGGCAGCAAGAGCAAUGCCCGCAACCCGGCUUUGUACAAGACAGGAAUAUUACCCUGGCAAUCUUUCAUCCAGAUGGCACCAGAUUAUACUUUCCUGGAGAAAGAAGUACGAAUUGUUAUGAUCGGCAUCACUGGUUCAGGAAAAAGUUCGUCAGGAAACUCUAUUCUUGGAACUAAACGCUUCCAUUCAGAGUGCAGUGCAACAUCUGUCACAGCAGCAUGCCAGCAAGGCAGUGCAACUCGAUUUGGCUAUCGUAUAAACAUUAUAGACACACCGGGUUUACUGGAUACUGGUCGCUCACAAGCUGAAAUUACAAAAGAAAUUUUGAAAUGUAUUGGAAUAUCUUCCCCAGGUCCACACGCCUUUAUCCUCGUGCUCAAAAUCAAGCGGUUUACGAAAGAGGAAAACGACACCAUCACAUACUUCAGAGAGGUGUUUGGAGACGGGAUGCUGAACUACCUGUUUGUAUUGUUUACAGGGAUGGAUGAUCUUGAGCACGAUGGGCAAACCCUGGAGCAAUAUCUGGCCAAAGCCCCAGAAAAUCUAAAAACUCUUCUCAAAGAAUGCGGUCAAAAGUAUUUUGGAAUAAACAACCGCCAAACGGAUAAGAAACGAAUGGAAAAGGAGAUGUAUGACCUAAUAUCGAAGAUUAAAUCCAAUGUUUCAAAGAACGGGGGGAAACAUUAUACAUCAGACCUGUUGAAGGCUGCAGAAGAACAAAUGAGAAAGAGAGAACAGGAAAUAUUGGAACAGAAGGACGAGGAAAUUCGCAAGAAAGAGGAACAAAUAAUGAAAAAAUUUGAAGCAAAACAAGCAAAGGUGGAUGAAAAGUAUAGAGAGGAAAAUGAAAGAAUGCAAAGAGAAUUGGCGCUGAUAGAGAGACAAAAUAAAGCACAAAUGGAGGCAUUAAAUGAAAAGCAAACGAGAGAAGCAGCCGAAGCAAAAGCUCGACAGGAUGAAUACAUUGCCAAAUUGGAGAACUUGGAGAAAGAAGGGGAACUGCAGCAAGCAGAGAUGGAGAAACAACGACUCCAAGUGGAGCUCGAGCGAGAACGGGCUGAAAGAGAAGAAGCAAGAAAACUAAUUCAACAAGAAAAAGACAAAAGAAUCGAAUUAGAGUUAAAGAGAAUGGAAGAUAACAUGGCUCGAGCUGAAGAAGAACGUAAACGACGGGAAGAAGAGUUUGAAAGUCUUAGGCGAAAGAGAGAAAUGGAGGCUUUGAUAGACGCGAGGGAAAAGGCGAGACAAGAAACAGAGACUGGUGGUGGUGUCUUGGGUUAUCUCUGGAAUAGCGCAAAAUACUGGUUAGGUUAUUGAUACACCAUAAGACCUGCUAGGUGGUUUAUUAUUUGAUAGGUAGAAUCACACAUUAACUUUGGUGUAUAGAGCUUCAGGUAUUCAGAAUACAGACAGUGGAACAUAAAAAAAACUAGUUGAGGUUACGAGCAUUACCUUGGAGAUAAAUAAAUACAAAGAGGUUAUUCACUGGCUACAUUCAUAAUGCAGAAUUAGAAAGCAUUACA